CCUCCUCCUCCUCCUCCUCCUCCUCCCGCUCCCGCCCCGGCGCGGCGCUGGCUGCGCUCCGCGGGGCUGCGCCCGCCCCCGGUACUGCGCGGAGCCCGCUUUGUGCCGGCAGCCGCGGCGAGGACGGCCCGCAAGCCAUGGAAGAGUUAAUAGUUGAGCUGCGCCUGUUUCUUGAACUUCUGGACCAUGAAUAUCUAACUUCGACUGUCAGGGAGAAGAAGGCAGUAAUAACUAACAUUCUCCUGAGGAUACAGUCAUCAAAAGGUUUUGAAAUAAAAGAACAUGUGCAGAAACCAGAAGUUGCCAACAGUUUGCCAGCACCUCCUCAAAUGCCUCUGCCAGAAAUACCUCAGCAGUGGCUGCCACCAGAUAAUGGGCCUCCACCAUUACCAACAUCUUCCCUUCCUGAAGGCUAUUAUGAAGAGGCAGUGCCACUUAGUCCUGGGAAGGCUCCUGAGUACAUCACUUCCAAUUAUGACUCGGAUGCCAUGAGCAGCUCUUACGAAUCCUAUGAUGAAGAGGAAGAGGAUGGAAAGGGGAAGAAAAUGAGACAUCAGUGGCCUUCUGAGGAGGCCUCUAUGGAUCUGGUGAAGGAUGCCAAAAUCUGUGCCUUCCUGCUUAGAAAGAAACGAUUUGGGCAAUGGACCAAACUACUGUGUGUUAUCAAAGAAAACAAACUACUGUGUUACAAAAGUUCCAAGGACCAGCAGCCCCAGAUGGAGCUGCUCCUGAAUGACUGCAGCAUCACGUACAUCCCCAAAGACAGCAAAAAGAAGAAGCACGAGCUGAAAAUCUCGCACCAAGGAGCAGAUGCACUGGUUCUGGCAGUACAGAGCAAAGAGCAGGCGGAACAGUGGCUAAAGGUUAUAAAAGAUGUGUGCAGCAACUGUACAGGCACUGUAGACUCCGAUGGGCCGUUGUCUAGUUCUCCAGUACACAAGACAGAACUGGAAAAGAAGUUGUCAUCUGAGAGGCCAAGUUCAGAUGGGGAGGGUGCUGUGGAAAACGGCAUCACUACAGUGUGCAACGGAAAAGAACAAGUGAAGAGGAAAAAAAGUUCAAAAUCAGAAGCCAAGGGCACUGUGACAAAAGUAACAGGGAAAAAGAUAACGAAGAUCAUAGGUUUAGGAAAGAAAAAGCCAUCAACAGAUGAACAGACCUCAUCAGCUGAAGAAGAUGUUCCAACAUGUGGAUAUCUCAAUGUGCUCUCAAAUAACCGUUGGCGUGAGCGCUGGUGCCGAGUGAAAGAUAAUAAACUCAUUUUCCACAAGGACAGGACAGAUCUGAAGACACACAUUGUUUCUAUCCCUCUCCGUGGCUGUGAAGUCAUUCCAGGACUGGAUUCAAAGCAUCCCCUGACCUUCCGGCUGCUUCGGAACGGGCAGGAGGUUGCUGUGCUUGAGGCAUCCUCCUCUGAAGACAUGGGCAGAUGGAUAGGGAUGUUGCUGGCAGAAACAGGAUCUUCAACAGACCCUGGAGCUCUGCACUAUGACUACAUCGACGUGGAAAUGACGGCAAGCGUCAUCCAGGCUGCAAAACAGACCUUCUGUUUUAUGAACAGGCGAGUUAUAUCCACAAAUCCGUACCGGGGAAGCACUGCCAAUGGCUACGCAUGUCCGAGUGGAAUGGCACUUCAUUAUGAUGAUGUUCCCUGCAUAAAUGGAUCGUGGGAACCAGAAGAUGGCUUUCCUUCUUCCCGUAGCAGGAACAUUGGAGAAGAAAUGCUUUAUGAUAAUGCAGGCCUGUACGAUAACUUGCCGUCUCCAAAAAUCUUUGCACGCUAUCCGCCAGCUGACAGAAAAGCCAAUAGGUUAUCUACUGACAAACUCUCCUCUAACCAUUACAAACACCCUGUCUCAUCCAAUCUGUCUUCUGCUCAGUCUGUCACUAAUACCUCUGCUGUGGGGAGGGGAUCGGUCUCGCAGUUUAAAGGCAAGAAACCUCCUGCGACUGCUAAUGGGAUCACGGGAAAAGUGAGAACAUUAAACAGCCAACCAAAGAAACCUGAGUCAGUGUCCUGUGUGAAGCGCACAGCGUCCAAUGCAGAACAGUACAAAUAUGGCAAAAAUCGUGUGGAGGCAGAUGCAAAGAGGUUACAGAGCAAAGAGGAGGAACUGCUAAAGAAGAAGGAAGCUCUCCGGAAUAGGCUGGCCCAGCUCCGAAAAGAAAGAAAAGAUCUACGCGCUGCCAUUGAAGUCAAUGCUGGCAGGAAGACCCAAGUAAUUCUUGAAGACAAGUUAAAGAAGCUGGAAGAGGAAUGUAAGGCAAAGGAGGCUGAGCGUGUAAACCUGGAGCUAGAACUCACUGAGGUGAAGGAGAGCCUUAAGAAAGCCUUGGCUGGUGGCAUCACACUGGGCUUGGCUAUUGAGCCCAAGUCAGGAACAUCAAGCCCACAGUCUCCAAUUUUCAAGCACCGAACUUUGGAAAACUCUCCAAUCUCCAGUUGUGAUACCAGUGAUACCGAGUGCUCAAUACCUGUGAACAGCGCAGCAGCUCUGAAGCGACCUCCUUCAUCAAAUAAUUCUCCAUGUCGAGGCCAUGUACUUCGAAAAGCAAAGACGGUGCAACCCAAGCUGUGCUCAGCCCAUUCGCAAGGAGCAGCAGCCAAAUCCUGCCAUCAGUUAUGAGUGAGCCCAGGCCUUAUAGAUGUGGCUAAACAAAGGGAGUCACACGAAUGGGAGAUGAAAAAUGGAACAUAAGUAUAGCAAAACCACUCAGUUUCCAUAAAGGCCUUACCUAUUAUGGACCAAGACAUAGGCUGCAAAAGACUCAUCCAAAAAGUGGUAUCAAGUGAUAUGCCAAAAGAGGUUUUAUAAUUCUGUUAAGUUAAUGGUAGCUUGGCGCUAAUUUGCCUGUAUUCCCUCUACUGUAUUGCUGUGUAACUAUGUGUGCCCCUUUUUAUUACCUGUAACUCUUUAUUUCCAACUUCAUUGGUAAC